ACUGGAGUUUUCAUCGAGUGAUCAUUUUUCGGACGAUUGUAAUCAUCAAUCAUUAUUAUCGUCAUCAAAAUUUGACCAUCAUGAUUCAAAUCGAAAUUCAAUUAAAUCAUCAUUGGAUGACGAAACGAAUUGCCAAAAAUUGACUGGAUCUCAUUAUUCAGAAGAUGCAACUACAUUCAAAAUUACAGCUGAUGAUUUGAAUGAUAGAAUUGUUCAUUCUCAACAAACAGGGUUUAUUUGUUCUUUAUCAUCAUCGAUAUCGGAUACUACGAAAUUAUCGUCAACAAAAACUGCAGACGAUGUUUACAGUGAAAACGAUGUAAUCAAAUCAUCAACUACGACGAUACCAACAUCAUCAUCAUUCGAAGCCUUGAGCAAAAAUGAUGCAUUAUUAUCAUCGUUGUCGUUGAAGAAUCCUUAUAGAAAUUCAUCUAGUCCAAUCUGCCAUUCUCAUCAUCAAGAAAAAAUUAUUGAAAAUAAUCAACAACAACAAUCCUCAUCGACGACGAAAACCGAUUCAAAAAAUCAUACGGUGACUAAUGACGAAGUGGAAUUGAUUUCAUUAUCAAAUUUGUCAUAUUCUCAGACGGCACCAAAAUACACACUACGUAUUGACACAAUUACAGAAUUUCAAGGUUAUAGGAACAAUGACUGGGCUGUUAUUGAGACACCAUUGAUCGACCUGGAGCAACCGUUAGAUGAAAAUCUUUUAUUACAGCCGGCAUUUUUACGUGAAACAUUUAAAUUAUUUUUACAAUCUGGUGAGCGUCUUACACAAAUGACCAAGGUUUAUAAUGAUGUUGAAGCGCUCACCAAGCUUUUGGAAGAGAAAGAACGUGAUGUCGAGUUGGCAGCUCGAAUUGGCCAAUCGUUAUUAGAUCAGAAUCAAAAUCAAUCGGAAAGAAUUGAUGAGCUUGAACAAGAGCUAUCCCAUGCCAAGGACAAGAUUACUCAAUUGAGACACGAUGUGUCAUCCAAAAGUGAAUUAUUACGUUUUUACAUUACCAAAGAUGAAGAGGAAAUCGAUGAUGAGAAUGAUUCUGAAAAUGAUUUAAAUUAUACAUCUAUUUCAAGUCAUCAUUCUAUUUCACAAAAAGAUGCAUCACAAAUUUUGGAUGAUCUUGAACGUCGGGUUAAUUCACUGGAAGAGGAGAAUAGCCGUCUCAAAGUUGAAAAAGAAACGAAAGUAUGCGAUUUGGAAGAGGAAGAACGAAAAGAAUUACAAUUGAUAAAUGAAUGUGCUCAUCGAUUGAGUCAAACCAAUAAACAAAUAGCAUCAUUACAGGAAGAUGUUGCGAAAAGGAAUGAUGAAAAUAAUCACCUCACAAAGGAGAUUCAUUCGCUCAAAAAACAGGUACAACAAUUAGAAAAGCAAAUACGUCUGUUGACAUUGGAAAAAGAAGAGCUAGUCGGUGCAUUAAAUCUAGCCCAUGAAUGCCAAACAGAAUUGACAAUUGAAUUGAUCGAUGUAAAAGAAAAGCAUCAAAAUUUACUCACAGCUUUUCACGAAAAAAGAGAAGAAUGUCGACAAUUACGUGAACAACAAUUGUUAUCAGACCCGAUGAUAUUCUCCUAUGUAGACUCGUUAGCCUAUGAGCUGGAAAAUGCCUUUCAAUUUGAUGAAAAUACCUCAAAAGAUGGACUCAAUCAUCCUCAUCAUCAACAAUUAUGUUCCGGAAAUUGUUUUACACCUGACUCAUUAUUAUCUAGUGAUUCAUUUUAUUCCAGUUCUCCGUGUUCAUCUAUGAUUGCGAUGACGAGUUCAAUAACUGCUGCCAACACAAACACUACUCAACAGCAAUCAUCAUCAAAUGUUACCGAUUGUUUGAUGUCAACAACUUCAAAGCAAUCAUCAGCUACAGCAUCAUCCUUCAUUCCAACAUCAUCAUCAUCAUCAUCAUCGCAACCAGAGCCGUCAAAAGCGGGGAUGUUACCGAAAAUGACAAAUCACCAUUUACAUCAUCAUCAUUAUCAUCGUAAUCUUUUUCUAAGUGAUAAACUUCGUUAUAUAAAGCCAUUAGAGGGUUCACAAAUUUUAAACCAUUGGCGUCGAUUGGCCAAUCCAAAUCUAAAUGAUCUCUUCGGUAAUCAAGAUCGUUAUGUAUCUCGAAUAAAAGCAAAUCUUCAAGCGAAAGCAGAAAUUAAUCGAAAAUGUAUUACAGCCGCACCGGAAACUUCAUCGACAAAUUUAUCUCCUACACAAAUGACAAUGCGAAUAGCCACUACGACAACAACGACAGAUGCUUGUCAUCAGAUUGAAGACAAUAAUAAUGUGGACAUUAUAAUUACUUCAUCCUAUUCAAACAAUUUUGUAACAACUAAUUCAGUGUUUACAUUCACAACAACAUCGAUAUCGCAUAUAAAAGAUUCGAUAACUGAAGUAACGACUACGUUUAGUGAUGUACAGCCAUCCACUGGAAAGAAUGAAUUUUCAUUUGAUAAACACUUUCUUACAUCAAAUGAAAAAUGUCCUUUAUCUUGUCAACCCUCCUCAUCAGUAGAGAUGAAUAAUAGUACCCCUAGCACUUGUUAUGAGAAUAAAAUCACACAAAAUUCAUUAGAUCAACUGCAUAAAAAAGUAUCUUUAGUAGAACAAGUGAAAAAUAUUAUGAAAGUUGAUCAACUAUCCUCUGUGGAACCCGGAUCGAAAUUGUUUUCCACUUCAAUAACGUCACAAAAAUUCAAGGAAAAAAGACCAAUGAAGAAAACAACGACGAAUAACAAGUAUUCCAGUACGAUAAUUGAUCAAUCAAAUGUUGAUACAAAAGUUGAUCGGAUAAGUGGCUUAAAUGAAUUGGCCAAAUUGUUUGCAUUAGAACCUCAAUCAUGUGCAAACAACAAUAAAAAACAAUCGGUCGGCAUUGGUGGCGGACGAAUAAUUACGAAACUUCAAAUGGCCAAUAAUUCGAAUGCAAAGCAAAAGUUAUCAGCAUCAAUGACGACAAAUGUUUCGAGAAUGUCACCGGGUGAGCAUCAUCAACAACAACAAACUACAAAUCGAACCAAUCUAUCUGUGUUAAGAAAUCUCCGUAAAGGAGGAUUGAUAUAAAAUUUUAAUCUCAAGCCUCAUUUCAUUUCAUCAACAUCCCCUACCAAUUGACUGUAGUGCCUGCUAGUCUUCAUUCAUUCAUUUAUUUUGUAAUAAGAAUUUGUUUUGUUUUUUGUGAUAGAUUUACAAACAUAAACUCAUGAAUGAUUCAUCUUUUUUUACAUUUCACAUAUCCAUCAUAAACUCUUUUUAUCAAGUAUUUAUUCAUGAUGAUAAUUCUAACUUGUAAUGCCAAGACAAAACAUAUAAAAAAAACAUGUGUUUGAAUUAUUGUUAUCGAAAAUUUGUUAAAUUUUUUGUAAAUAACUAUCAUUAUUUUCAUUUGCCAUUCUUUCGAUUGUUCAGUAUUUUUGUUCAAAGUUGACCAGAUGAUUUUUGUUUCGUAAAUUUUUAAAAUCAAUCAAUUUUAUUUAUUAUUGCAAAUCAUGUAAUCAUAGUCAUCAUUAUAAUGACGAUUAUGGCCAAUGAUACGGCUAACACACAAACAUACAAACGAAAAAAACAUACAGACUAGAAAAUAACAAUUUAUAGAUAUUUUUUUUUG